AUGGCAGAAACAAAAGAAGGAUCAAGUUCGGAGAUGUCUCUGAAGGAUCAAGGAAACGAGUUUUUCAAGUCCGGCAAGUAUCUCAAAGCUGCUGCACUCUACACUCAAGCCAUCAAAAAGGACCCUUCAAAUCCCACUCUUUAUAGUAAUCGUGCUGCAGCAUUGCUGCAGUUGGAUAAGCUCAACAAAGCUCUCGAUGAUGCUGACAUGACUAUUAAAUUAAAGCCCCAAUGGGAAAAGGGACAUUUCCGGAGGGGGUGCAUACUGGAGGCCUUGAAACGAUAUGAUGAUGCAUUAGCUUCCUUUCAAAUCGCUUCGCAGUAUAACCCACAAAGUCAAGAAGUAUCAAAAAAGAUAAAGAAGAUAAACCAACUAGCGAAAGAUAGCAAGCGAGCUCAAGAAGUGGAGAAUAUGAGAUCAAAUGUUGACAUGGCCAAACAUUUAGAUACAUUGAAACCUGAAUUGUCUGAAAAGUAUGGAUCUGAAGAAAGCUGGAAAGACAAGUUCUCGUUCCUUGUUGAGACCAUGGAAACUGCUGUAAAAUCAUGGCAUGAAAUUUCUUCAGUGGAUGCUAGAGUUUACUUUCUCCCUGACAAAGAAAAGACGCAGACCGAUAAGUACCCCCCAAUUGUGAACAUCGAUAAGGCCUUCGAAACACCAGAAACACACAGCAGCUGUUUUUCAUUUCUUAGGCAGUAUGCUGAGGAGUCUUUCUCUAAAGCAGCCUGCUUAGUGACUGCUAAAAACAUCAUUGCUUAUCCACAGGUCUGGAAAGGCCAAGGAUCAAGGAAAUGGAAACAUGCACAGAAUGAUGGUUUCUUUGUUCAAUUUGAGUCUCCUUCCCUGAGAAAGUUGUGGUUUAUUCCCAGUUCGAAUGAAAAGGGACAGACACUCUGCAGGGAUCCAGAAGUUCUGGACAUUGGUUCUCAUGAAGUUGUUCCUCGCUUGUUCAAAGAAAAGACACCCCGUUCUUAA